CUCCCACGUCCACACUGUCAGGUUUUCUCGAGGGAACCUGUUCAAGCUCAUCGCGACUACGCGAACGCAACGACACAGACGCGACUCAAGACUCAACCCGCACGAAAAUGUCUGAUUACGGAGGUGACGGGGGUGACGAUUAUGAUGGUGGUCAUUACGACGACCCCGGCCUUGACUACGAGGAAGACGUCGAACCCGAUCUCCUCGACGAUGAUGAUGCCCAGGAAACUGGCGCAGGAGAAGAACCAGACGUCGGACAGAAUCAAGAUGACAAUGUUGUGAUCGGCGGAGACCCAAGCGCCGCUACGAAAGGCGAAGAGAAGAACACGGUCAAGAGUCUGAAGGACAAGAGGAUUCCGAAUGACAAGCGCACCACCACACCAUACAUGACCAAGUAUGAGAAGGCACGUGUGCUAGGAACAAGAGCGUUGCAAAUCAGUGGUAAUGCGCCAGUGCUCAUCGAUGUUGAGGGCAUGACAGAUCCUCUACAGAUUGCCCUCAAAGAGUUACGAGAGAAGAAGAUUCCGUUGGUUGUGCGGCGCUUCCUACCUGAUGGAUGGUACGAGGACUGGACUUGCGAGGAACUGUUAGUUUGAAGGAGGAGGAUGGAUUGUACAGUACCACAGUAGUUGGUAGAGUCUUGGCUGCAUUUGUACAGGAGUUUUAUUAAAAAGGAUGAUCAAAGCGGGCAUGCUUGGCGAUCAGGAGUCUUUUCUGAGUAUGUAUGUACGUGUAUCUACACAGUACACAGUAAUUGUUUUUUUGGAGAGCUAUAUCCCGAAUGAAAACCGACUCAACGCCACAUUUUCGGUGCAAUGGCGGACAUAUGAGUGCCUGAGAGAAGACGGGAGCGGA